AAAUAACAGGAAGAGCCGUGGUUGUUAUUUUUUUCACAAGCAAGCAUCGAGAAGAAGCGCACAGCUAAGCUAUGGCGACAGCAAUUGUUAGCUAUCUAAAACCACCGUCGUCACUAAUUGUAAAUUCGAGGCGAUUUUUAGACACUCGUACUUCAUGUAUUUUUAACCGCAGCAGCAGUUUUAGUUUCGCAGCUAAAAAUAUUCGCGCUUCUUCUACUGCUGCUAUUCCCGUCGUAGAAACAAAACCAGAGGAUGAUGCUGUGAUUGAAAACAAGGAAGCAAGGAGCAGCAGCAGGAACAUAAUAGCUUGUCCUAUAUGUUACGAGCCGUUGUCUUUGAUAGGUGAUCGUGUCUUGUCUGUUGAUUGUGAUGGUUUGAGUUUUGAAUGUGGGAGUUGUAAAAAGCGUUACUAUGGUAAAGAAACACAUAUUGACUUGACUGUAGCAAGUGGAGCCACUCAAUAUGACGAUUCUAUGCCUUUGGCUACUGAAUUUUUCAGGCUUCCGGUGAUAUCAUAUCUCUAUGAGAGGGGUUGGCGUCAAAAUUUCGUAUGGGGCGGUUUCCCUGGCCCUGAGAAGGAGUUUGAGCUGAUGAAGGAUUACCUGAAGCCAGUUUUAGGUGGAAAGAUUAUUGAUGCUAGUUGCGGUAGUGGAUUAUUUUCAAGACUUUUUGCCAAAAGUGGGUUGUUCUCUGAUGUUGUUGCGCUGGAUUACUCAGAAAACAUGCUGCAACAGUGUUUUGAAUUCAUCAAGCAGGACAAAGAGUUUUUCAAAGAGAAAUUAAUACUGGUCAGAGCUGAUAUAUCGAGACUUCCGUUUCUUUCUGGUUCUGUUGAUGCUGUCCAUGCUGGUGCUGCGAUACACUGUUGGCCUUCACCACCAGGAGCCACAGCUGAGAUAAGUAGAGUUCUGAAACCUGGUGGUGUGUUAGUUGCUUCCACUUUCAUACUUGACGGACCUUUCCGUUUUCUUCCACUUUUGGGGCCUCUACGUCAGAAUAUCGCACAAAUAUCAGGCAGUCAAAUAUUCCUGCGUGAACGUGAACUAGAAGAUAUCUGUAGAGCCUGUGGGCUAGUUGGAUUUACAUCUACAAGAGAGAGGCAAUUCAUAAUGUUUUCAGCUAGAAAACCCAGCUAAGUAUUUGUUUUGUAAUUGCUUUCUUGUAAAGGUCCACAUUUUCGUUUCAUGGCCUCUUGGGUCCUUAUAUCUCUCAGUAUAGAUCAUAUUUAAUUUGUAUAGGAAACUUGUAAUUUAUUACUGAAUUUGCUUAAUGAGCUGCUAUAAAAUGCAAUCUUUAGAAAUCA